AUGCCGGCAGGGGACGGGUCGCGGCCGGUCCUGUCGGCGGCUCCUCCGGCGGGGCCCGGGGUUACCGACCCCUGCCCCCGACACCCCGAUGCCAAGAAGAAAUCAUCCUGCCAUGGACUUGGCUUAUUUUAUACAUUAUUGUCUGCCUUCCUUUUCUCAGUGGCCUCUUUAUUUGUAAAAAAAAUUGAGGAUGUCCAUUCAGUGGAAAUUAGUGCGUUUCGGUGUGCAUUUCAAAUGCUAUUCAUUCUUCCUUUCUUAAUAUACAAAAAGACAGGAUUUUGGGGACCGAAAGGAAAACGAGGUUUCCUCUUCCUUAGGGGAGUCCUUGGGUCCACGGCGAUGAUUCUUCUCUACUAUGCCUUCCAGGUUAUGCCUCUUGCCGAUGCCACCGUGAUCACGUUUAGCAGCCCUGUUUUUACUUCAAUAUUUGCUUGGAUAUUCCUCAAGGAAAAAUACAGCAUUUGGGACCUACUUUUCACCAUCUUUACCAUCACUGGUGUGGUGCUCAUUGCAAGACCCCCUUUCCUGUUUGGCUCCAACACUGCCGGGAUGGAAGGAAACUAUUCGAACCACCUCAAGGGGACCUUAGCAGCUUUAGGAGGUGCAAUUGGGGCUGCUUUGACUCUUGUAAUUCUAAGAAAGAUGGGCAAAUCUGUACAUUACCUUCUGACUAUAUGGUAUUACGUGGUCAUCGGGCUCAUUGAAUGCAUCCUGGCCCUCUUUGUCAUAGGAGAGUGGCGUCUACCUCACUGUGGAUUAGAUCGAUUGUUUCUGAUAUUAAUAGGGCUUUUUGGUCUGGGGGGGCAGAUCUUCCUCACUAAAGCAGUACAGAUAGAAAGAGCAGGACCUGUGGCCAUAAUGAAAACCAUGGAUGUGGUCUUUGCUUUCAUCCUGCAGGUUCUUUUCCUCAAUAAUGUACCCACGUGGUGGACGGUUGGGGGGGCCCUGUGCGUUGUAGCCAGUAGCUCUGGAACCGCGAUUCGUAAGUGGUACCAGAGUUCCCAUUCAAGACCUCACUCUGAAAUCUGAUCUCAUCUCAGGAACACACGCACGAUUUUUACAAAUGAUCUUUUGGCUAAUUUUUCACAUGUUCACAUUUUGUAACUUCCCGUUAUUAGUGAGCUCAGUUCUUGAAUAUUCUUUUGGUGAGUGAUGUUGUGCGGGACAAACGGUGUGUUGACAUUGGCAUUAAGGACAUGGAACUAAGUAGGUUGGGGCUCCAGGCCCCUCUGUCCGGUGGACCGACUUGCCUUUGACCCCAGGGGGGACUCUGGAUCGUUAGUUGUGUAAAUCAUUGUUAAUUCCUCAGCCAAUCCCUUUGCAGAACUCUUUUCCAGGGGCUGAUUUUUUUUCCCUGCAUAUCUCCCUGUUUACUCUGAGUUCUGACAACUGCAUUAGCUAUGCGGAGGGCAGGCAUGCUUUAGAAUGAUAACCUUGAACAAUGUACAGGUCAAGGGCUUACCGUUAGCAUAUAUUAAUACUGCUUUGGUGACUCUGAAAUAGUGAUUUAUUUCCUGGACUCACAUUUUCAAUUAGGUGCUUUAACCAUUUUAAGUUUUACUAAGCUGAAAUUUUUCAUAUAAGCUAUCUGCUUGCUUUUUUCGAAUAAUGUAAUUUAUGGUGCCUCUCUCUUUUUUUUUUUUUAACUCUCAUGGACUUAUUUUUCUUUUAACCAUUCACUGCACCUUUCAUUGGAGUUUCCAAAGUAUUGGCAGAGAAUUGUCCCAAAAUAGCUAAUUGUGGUUAAAUGUAUUCAAUAACUGUUGUUGGCAUAACUACCCUUUUGUAUUUUAAUAACAACACCAUACAAAAUUUUGCAAAGUAUUUUUAAAAAUGUCCUAUUCAUAUCACGAGACUCAAAGUCAGCGUUACCCGCACAUUGCUAAGAAGGCUGCUGCUAAGUUGACUUGCUCGAAAUUCAUUUUGGGCUAUCUAGCUUCACCAAGGGAAAAUAACUCAGGGUUUUAGAUUACUAUUUUUGCUAAUCUUAUAACCGAAAUCAACAAAUAGAGAUCUCUAUUUUACCUUGGAAUGUUGUUUUUUUUUCAGCAGCAUUGGCAAGCUGAUUUUUAUAGACUAUCUCUUCCUAUGGAACUUUAUGCAAUUUGUUCUAUGUUAUUUCUACAAUGCCAAGACCUGUUGCUUUUAAUGGGUUCCUUGUUCCAUUGAUCUUUAUAGCACCUUGAACAGAAAGCUUAGUAGUCACUUACACUGCCCACGUAGGGGAUUGCUUGGACUUUCUAUGUGUCGUUUUGAUGCACUCUCACUUACACUGCCCACGUAGGGGAUUGCUUGGACUUUCUAUGUGUCGUUUUGAUGCACUCUCUCGCUCUGCACAAAAAGUCCAUCAAAAUGAAUGGCGUGUUUGCACCAGGGGUUUAAAUGGAACGUAGCAGCUGAAGAAUCCUUCCAGCAAUGAGGAGAGAAUGGGUAGUACCCCCAGGUGUUGGGGAGGUAGUUUGGGGAGUAGGGAGUAUAAUCUGAUCUUUCUAGUUUGCCACAAAAAUCCCCCGGAGGGGAACGAUUGGUUGCAUUUAACUCAUAGGCGUUCAACUGAACACAGUCACGGUCCUGAAUCCCAUUGACCAUUAGCAGUAUGGGAAAUUCCCCACAAACUAUGCCCUCAUGGCAACCAAUUGAGUGACUUUCCCACCCUUUCAUCUGGGCAGAUAAUUCUCUAGUGAAAUCUGACCAGAGUGAGGAUGGACAGAAAUGCAUCAUUUUGCAGUGUGGCUUUCCCUCCAACUGAGUCGAAGCCAUUCUCGUAGGGUCCCGUUUAACCCUACGCACUAAUAGGUAUUCAGGUUUUCAAGAUUUCCGUUACCUCCAGUGGAGGAGCGGUUCACUCCUAGAGAUCAAGGCCAAAAUCAGUACCCUAGUGUCCUCUCAUCUUUUUCCCUUACUCUGUCUCUCUCUAAAGCCAGGUUCGUACAAAUGAAGAGGUGGAAAAUUGAGAUAAUUAUCAAAAUAACUCAAGCCAAAAACAUUGCCUGAUGUGACCAGAUCGUUAAGGCAACAAUUUUAUCGUUUGCCUAGGAUUUUAGCCAGAGAAUUACUCUCAUUCUCCACUUCAUUUAGCUAGUUAAACUUGGUUAAGUAUCUUUUAAUAGUUUUAGAAGGUUAUAAGAUAUAUAAAAGCUUGCAUGUUUUAGCGGUUACUUUGGGAUUGUAUAUUUUGAGAUUAUAUUUCCUAUUUCUUAAAGAGGAAAGAAUAUUUUCAUAAGAUAUUUAUUUCGUAAACACUAAUAAAAUGAGUUGAGUAAAGCAUGUUUUGGUAUUCAUACAGUAACAGUAAAAGAGUGAUCAUAGAUCUAUCUGAAUCAUAAAUCUGAAAGGGAAAAAAAUCAACCUAUAACUUAUUUUUUAAUUUAUUUUCUAUUGUUUUUAAGCAUUUAGAAGUAUUGUAUACUGUAUAAGAUUUUCUCAAAAUAAAUUCAAAUUUCAGAAACAA